AUGGCCGCUCGUUUUCGUGUUAAACUUGUUGAAAUGGACGAUCUUCAACGGGAAAUUAUUGUUCGUUCCCGGGACAGUAGUUGUUUACAAGAUUUACGACGAACACUUGAACGCAGUCGUGAAAACUUGAAUGCAGUGUGUGAGAAGGAAACUCCAAUUAUAGCUAAUCUUACAAUGCCCCCACCUCCACUUUUUCAAGCACAAUCAUCUUCCAUUUCUAUUGUAUCUCAACCACCGCCCCAAUCAUCAUUAGCAUCUUCACAAUUUCCUUCUAUUUCUCAACAACUUCAGAGUUCUGCGCAAUGGACGCAAGCAGCAGCCAUUUCUGCUAGCAAUGGACGAAGACCCUCGCCUUCAAAAAGGUAUUUUUUUAAUAUUUAAGAAAGUAUUUAUAAUCUUAAAAAGUGAAUUUCCUUUGGCAAAUGUUGGAG